AUGGCUAGUGAAACUGCAAAGAAUUUUUCAAAUUUGGAAACUCCUGGUUAUGUUGGAUUUGCCAACUUGCCUAACCAAGUGCACCGCAAGUCAGUUAAGAAGGGUUUUGAGUUCACCCUUAUGGUGGUAGGUGAAAGUGGACUAGGCAAAUCAACCCUAGUCAAUUCCUUGUUCCUUACGGACCUAUAUCCUGAGCGUGUUAUUCCUGAUGCAACUGAAAAGACAAAUCAAACUGUCAAGUUGGAUGCGUCGACGGUCGAGAUUGAAGAGAGGGGAGUGAAGCUGCGUUUGACUGUUGUAGACACGCCCGGCUAUGGUGAUGCCAUCGAUAACACGGAUUGCUUCCGCUCGAUAAUCCAAUACAUAGACGAGCAGUUUGAACGGUUCCUUCGCGACGAGAGCGGUCUCAACCGUCGAAACAUCGUCGACAACCGCAUACAUUGCUGCUUCUAUUUCAUAUCGCCGUUCGGACAUGGGUUGAAACCGCUGGACAUCGAGUUCAUGAAGCAACUCCACAACAAAGUGAACAUCGUGCCGGUGAUCGCGAAGGCCGACUGCCUCACUAAGAAAGAGGUGCAGCGGCUCAAAUCCAGAGUCAUGGAAGAAAUAGAAAGAGAGGGAAUCAAGAUUUACCCCCUCCCGGACUGCGACAGCGACGAGGAUGAAGAUUAUAAGGAGCAGGUGCGCCAGCUGAAGGCGGCGGUGCCGUUCGCCGUGUGCGGCGCCGGGCAGCAGCUGGAGGUGCGCGGCAGGCGGGUGCGCGGCCGCCUCUACCCCUGGGGCGUGGUCGAGGUCGAGAACCCCGAGCACUGCGACUUCAUCAAGCUGCGCACUAUGCUCAUCACCCAUAUGCAAGACUUACAAGAGGUGACUCAAGAGGUGCACUAUGAGAACUAUCGUUCAGAGAGACUGGCGCGCAACGGGCAAGUUCCUAAACGACACACGUCGACUGAAAGUGGAUUAAGUGAAGCAGAUUCCAAUGGCCUAAAUGGGUCCAAUGAAGACUCUUCGGAACGCGAACGAGCAUUGCGUGAAAAGGAGGCCGAGCUACGUCGCAUGCAGGAGAUGCUGGAACAAAUGCAGCGUCAGAUGCAGCUGCAAGCGGCGGCUAACACAACCACAGCA